AUGUUUCUAACCCCGGUUUUCGCCACCCAGAUGGUGCAUGAACCUACGUUUGGCGCGCCAAAACGAGAUCCCUCUUCUCCUACCGCGCCCUCUGUCCUGUCUUCUGCAUCCUCGGAUGCGUCGUUUGGGUGGAGGAAAAGGAGGGAUUCCACCAGCUCCAAUGUGUCCGUGUCUACAGACGCCUCUUCUGUGCCUUCGGUCCAGCCCAGUCCGCGGCCCAAGCACCGCAAGACGCUUUCCAGCAGUUCCAUUACCCGGCGUCUGUUGCAAAAACGCAAGCCAGAGCAGCCUCAACGGAAAAGCGAGCCACCGCCAACCUCAGCUCCUGUGCUGAGCCCGGCGCCCGUUGCGAUUCCGCCGUCGUCUCCACCUGCAAGCGAAGAAAAAAGCUCAGACCUGGUUGUGCGUUGCAGAAGCGAUGUCUAUCACGUGGACCGUGUCAUCAUGUGCUACCACUCACGAUGGUUUGCGAGGGUCUGCGCCGUCGUCAUGUCUCCGAAAUCAUCAAAGGGUGCCAUAGACCUCAGUGCAGACGACCCCUCUGCCGUCGCUGCAAUGAUGCAGUACUGCUAUCAGCUUGACUACGUCCACCAGCUGUCUGACUUUGACUCCGAUGUAUCUGAGGAUGCGACCCUGCCCUUCCAUGUAAAGGUAUACAUGCUCGCAGAGCGCUAUGGCGUUGCUGGCUUGAGGGCCCUCGCACUGCAGAAGUUCAAGCAGUGUGUCGCUAUAGUGCUGAAUGAAGAUGGCAAAGAAGAGCAGCUCCUGCUUGCCAUUCGCGUCAUGUAUGCCCCGGAUCGCAGAGCAAACGCCGACGACCUCAGACGCGUCGUCAUCAAGCUGUGUGCAGAUCACGUGCAAGACUUCAUUCACGACACGGGUAAGAAGAUGUCGCUCGUCUAUCAGUCAAUGGAAGAGUAUCCAGACUUUAGAGCAGAACUGUUUGAAGAGAUGGGGUCUCGUUGGAGACAGUGA